AUGUUUGGUAUCGCCGAUGAUUCUGUUUUCAGUGACUUUGAAAACAACGAGCUUCAUGAUCCCUCCCCCAGAAAGGAGCUAGAUGGAAGAACAGUCUACGUGUCACGGGAACUCAGAAUGCUGAACUGGCUGGAUGCGCCAGUUCUAUGUGACUUUGGGUCAGCAGUCUUUGGUGACGAAGAGCAUUCAGAAGACGUUCAACCUGAUAUGUAUCGAUCACCAGAGGUGAUUUUGGAAAUUCCAUGGACGUAUAGUGCUGAUAUAUGGAAUGUGGGAUGCAUGAUUUGGAACCUCUACGAAGGCGGGUCUAUAUUUAGCGGCAAGGACCCGGAAUUUCAGACCUAUCGGAGCCGAGCCCACCUAGCCGAAAUGAUACGCCUGCUCGGCCCACAACCGCCUGGCCUUCUUGAACGGAGGAAAUUGACUCGAAGGAUUUUCUCGGCAGAAGGAGAGCAGCAAUCUCUGUGA